GCGAAGCGGAGAGAUGGCGGCGGCGGUGCUGAGCCGGUGCGGGGGCGGCGGGAUGGUUCUCUCAGCACUGCUGGCUGCCCGACGACCUUACAGCAGCAUCUUUAGGGCAGCAGAGCUGCGUGUGGAGCAAAGCCCCCACCCCAAACCCAAACCCUCCCCGGAGCACCUGAAAUUCGGGCACAACUUCACUGACCACAUGCUGACCAUUGAAUGGAGCCGGGCAGACGGUUGGGGACCCCCCCACAUUCGCCCCUUCCAGGACCUGUGCCUCCACCCUGCAUCCUCUGCGCUUCACUACGCUGUGGAGCUCUUUGAAGGCAUGAAGGCUUUCCGCGGAGCCGACGACAAAAUCCGCCUUUUUCGCCCCGAAUUGAACAUGGCACGGAUGGGGCGCUCAGCCCAGAGGGUCUGCCUGCCCCCCUUUGACCCCGUGGAGCUGCUGGAGUGCAUUCGUGCCUUGGUGAGGCUGGAGCAGGACUGGGUGCCGCACUCUGAGGCUGCCAGUCUGUACAUCCGGCCCACCUUCAUCGGCACCGAGGUGGGGGCAAUGGAGGGAGGGCAACAAG